GUGUGCCAGGUGCACGGGGGCAGCUCCAGGGUGGCACUAGGCCAGAGGGGCCCCAGGGUGAGCCUCGCGGGUGAGCUGUGUGGUCAGUGGGGGUGUGGACGCUGGAGGGUGGGCUCUGUGGUCAGUGGGGGUGUGGUCCUUCUUUAGCUUAUGAACCAGCUGAGUCACACCCAGGACAGCCUGGGCUGUGCAAUGUGACUUCUGGAAUGGGUCCUGAUGCGUGCUCAGGAGCGCACACCCACGCCCUGUCAGUUCUGCGGCCUCUCAGUCAUAGGAGAGCCAAGCUCUGCCCUCUGUGCCCGGGAGGAGGGGCCUUCUGCACCAGCUAGAGGAGUUGCUGCUGGCCGCCUGUGUGUGCCCGUUGCAUAGUUCAUGAAGCCGUGACGCCUGUCCUGUCAUUGCCCACUGCAGAAUUCUCCCAGGCUGCCCCUUGGGAACAUGAUCCUUCCGACCCCUGACCCCGCCCGUCUUGAGGACUUCGCAAUUCAGCCAGCUGCCCAGACACACAGCUGAUGGAGACCCAGUCGGUCACAAGACGGGCCUGUCGUGGGACAGCAUGCACCCAGUGGGAUCAGAACACCCUGGCCCCAGGGGAGGCUGGUCUGAGGCGGGCUUUCCUGCCGAGAGCACCCUGAGCUUUUAAGUCAGGCUGAGCAUGGUGAUGCUGCGUCUGGAGCGCGCUAGGUGACGGCGUGGAUAGUGAGCAGAGAGCCCGCUGCCCUUUCAUGUUUGCAGGACGUUGCUGGGGAGCUGAGCUCCCACAGUCCGGGUUGCCCCUGUCCCCACCCCUGGCGGGAGCCCUGGUCGGCUGCUCCCCUGCGGCGGCUGACGCUCAUCUUGAUUUCUGACAGGAAGGACGGAUGGAAAGCCUGCCUGACACCACUGCCUUUGCAACUCGCCUUAAGAACACUCUGGUCCGGUACCACAGCCUUGACGAUGACGCGUGGCGGGUUGUGAAGAAAACGAAAGAUGUAACAGUUUGGAGAAAGCCCUCAGAGGAAUUUAAUGGAUACCUCUACAAAGCCCAAGGCGUUAUAGAUGACACCGUUAAUGCCAUUGUGGACCACAUCCGCCCGGGGCCCUGUCGCUUGGACUGGGACAGUUUAAUGACAUCCCUGGACAUUUUGAAGCACUUUGAAGAGAGCUGCUGUGUGAUGCGCUACACCACCGCUGGCCAGCUCUGGAACAUCAUCGCCCCCAGGGAGUUUGUUGACUUCUCCUACACCGUGGGCCACGAGGAAGGACUUCUGUCCUGUGGGGUAAGUCUUGACUGGAGUGAAAAGAGACCGGAAUUUGUUCGUGGGUAUAAUCAUCCGUGCGGCUGGUUCUGUGUUCCGCUCAAGGACAGUCCACACCAGAGUCUCCUGACGGGCUACAUCCAGACAGACCUGCGUGGGAGGAUCCCUCAGUCCGCGGUGGACACCGCCAUGGCCAGCACGCUCGCCAACUUCUACGGAGACCUGCGGAAAGCCCUGCAGAGCCCCUGAGGCUCGCCCGCACUGCCCCACGACCCACGCGGCUUUGCCCUCUGCGCGGCCUGGAGAAACCUUGGAGAGUUUUUGGAGGUAGCAAAAAGGUUUUAUUUUAUUCCUCAGCAGCCAUCUAAGCGAGGGCCCUGUGACUUUGUCAGGUAUUUGUAGCUUGGCUGGCUGGCCGACCACGUGUAGGGAUGGAGAGGAACAGGACCUCGCCCCGGGCAGUUGCAGCUCUGAGCCAACCCUGGAGGGACGGCACAGGACGGCACGGGGUCCCUGCGGGCGGGGAGCAGGGCAGCACAGGAGUCCCCCCUCCGCCGCGGAGGCUGUGGCACCGGUGAGCCUGGUCGCUUUGUGCGAGUGCCCGACUCGGCCGUGGCCUGGCCCCUGCGCUGAUCCACCUGCACUGCUUCACCUUUCCGGAAGAUCAAAACAAGAUGUGAAAAUAACCACAGGUUUGAUUAAAACAGUUUAGUUUUGAUAUAUGCAUAGUAAUUUUAUGGGUAUAUUUUUAAAGCAUUUGAGGUGUGUUACAAACAUGCGUGAGGACAACAGUACGAAAACAUCGAAUACGCACUGGAGAGCCCACGCUGACCAGCCCUGUGGGCCGGGUGACAUGGCCAGGGACACUGGAGCCUGGGCAUCGUGUGGCCUCAUGGAGCCCUCUGGUCAGCACUGCAGUGGGUCCUGGAGUGUGGAGCUACCAGGGCAUUGCAGGUUGGCCCAGGGGCCUCCGUGUCUCCAUCGUAAUGACUUGCAGAGAUUGUAAGGGAUUUCUUAGUUCUGUGUCUCCAUCAAUGGACACUGCAGGGGAUGUGGGGGGUUUUGAAUUGGGCACUUAGUUUAUUUCUAGAUAACUCGGGGCAUCGUCACAGUCCGUGCGCGCGCCCAUCAGGGCCCCUUCAUGUGCGUGCAGGAAGCAGGAGGGAGCUUGUCCAAGUUCCUGGCAAACUUGUGUCCCCGUUUAUUCCCGUUUCCAGUGAAUUUCCAGAAACUUGGUGCGCUCCCAGUCAGGGAGGUGUCGGCAGUGGCCCACAGGCUGGAGGCUUCCGUGUGCUUGCCCUGCCUCCCUGACGAUGGAGGGGAAGGUGGAAAUAGCUUUAUUUAUGGAUUGCUGCUGGUGUUGGCAUCGUUACAGUGGUCACAGGGAACAGAGUUCUCUGUCAUGCGGCAGAGCAGGAAGGAGUCUAUUUCCCACAGGCAAGUAAACCAUCAUGUCCUUGUCUGAACUAAGAUGGCUUUAAUUCAUGAACAGUGCCCACUGCUAGCCUGGCUUCCUGUGUCUGCGUUUUGUCCGUGUGUGGGAGGCGGUCUCUGGUCAGCUGGUCUGAUGGGGCCGAGUGCACGUUGACGCUGUGCCUCGGCUAACCCGGGAGUGCUUACCUAGGUCAUGGUUGGAGCAGUGGCCUGCUUUUUGGGGUUAUUUCAGUGCAUGUUAAAUAAAUCACUUAGUAGUUACCAGUAAAGGUUAUUUCCCAAAAUAUUUUCUUCUAAAGGUAAUGAGGUUUGAUAGAUGGGUGGCCUUGGGGCAAGGCCAUCGAUGAGUUUUGCUGGCUUCUGUCUGAAGCACUCGCUUAGUGCUGGCUUCAGUACAUAGCAUCUUUUUAUAUUUACAUUGGUUUCAUACAAGAGAAAAUGACUUACGAGCGACCUUUCAUUUAGAACAGAGUCCUGUGGCAUGAAUGGUUACAGAGACCGUAUGCCAGCAGGCUCCUGUGGUUGGCUGCUGUGCGGAUGUUCCCCACACCGAGGCUGACUUAGGCCCGGGACCCCCACCCUGCUGCAGGCAUGGGGGAGCCCGCCCCACUCCUGCGGCUUGUGUGCAGAACCUCGCGGGCAGCUCGGAGGACCGAGGGCGGACAUUAGCUUCAUCAGACUGUGCAGCUAAAUGUGGAACCUCAUCUCUGGCAAUGAAAGCUAUACUAUACAUUUUAUUUAAGGAGUCUGAGCUUAUAAUUGUUUUGAUAUUAUGAAAUUAUAUUUAUGCAUUAAUUAGCAUAAAUGUUUUUAAAGGGCAUAAAAUAUAUCUGAAUAAAUGUUUUCUAGAUGCUUUUAUAAUAGAUCAAUUAUAACUGAUUAUUGCUAAGUUGCUUUGCUCAAUAUUUUUUAAAAGACCAAGAUCUCAGCCUGACAUGGUAAUCUAGUGGUUAAAGUCCUUGUCUUAUAUCUAC